UCAUAUCCCGGAAAGGGAAACAUCAACAAAAUGAAGUGGUGUUUUUGAACAUUUGGCAGAAAACGACGCUCUUUCAUACGCGCAGCACAACGAGAAGAGGUUCCUGUGUGAAGUCCCGGGAUUUACGAUCUUGAAUCGAUAAGUCGGUGCUUCUGAGAGGCAUGAAUGACUUUGCAGUUCUCAACACAGGGCGCAAGAUGCCCCUCAUCGGCCUGGGCACAUGGAAGAGUGAGCCAGGAAAGGUAAAACAAGCAGUCGUCUGGGCGCUGGAGGCUGGGUAUCGCCACAUCGACUGCGCAGCGAUCUAUAACAAUGAGGUCGAGAUUGGAGAAGCUCUACAGGAGACGCUCGGGCCUGACAAGUCCCUGAGACGAGAGGAUGUGUUCAUCACAUCCAAGCUUUGGAACACCCGGCAUCACCCGGAGGAUGUGGAGCCAGCCCUCUUGAAGACUCUGAAGGACCUGAAGCUGGAGUACCUUGACCUCUACCUCAUCCACUGGCCCCACGCCUUCAAACAAGGAGACGUCCCUUUCCCCAGAAAAGAGGAUGGCACCAUAUUGUAUGAUGACAUAGACUACAAGCUGACAUGGGCUGCCAUGGAGAAGCUGGUGGGUAAGGGCCUUGUGCGAUCCAUCGGCCUGUCCAACUUCAACAGCAGGCAGAUUGAUGACAUCCUGUCAGUCGCCAGCAUCAAACCAACCGUCCUCCAGGUGGAGAGCCACCCCUACCUGGCCCAGGUAGAGCUGUUGGCUCACUGUCGGGAGCGUGGCCUGGUGAUGACGGCCUACAGUCCUCUGGGGUCUCCUGACAGGGCGUGGAAACAUCCGGACGAGCCUGUCCUCCUUCAGGAGCCAGUGAUCGCCUCCCUCGCCGAGAAAUAUAAAAAGUCCCCUGCUCAGAUCAUCCUGAGGUGGCAGACGCAACGAGGAGUGGUAACGAUCCCCAAGAGUGUGACAGACUCCCGCAUCAAAGAGAACAUUCAGGUGUUUGACUUUACCCUGGAAGCAGAGGAAAUGAAAAGCAUCACGGCAUUGAACAGAGGCUGGCGCUACAUCAUACCAAUGAUUGAAGUGGAAGGAAAGAGCGUUCCCCGGGACGCAGGACAUCCUCACUACCCUUUCAACGACCCCUACUGAUAACUCGCAUUACGACCAGAAUCUGUGCCUUCAACAGCCCCAUUGACACGACUUCACGCUGCCACAUCACCAAUAAAUGUUCCCGGAUCACGUCACUGCAGUUUGUCUUUAGAUUUCGUCAAAUCCUGCACUUAUUAGUGAAACAUAAGUUGCUGUGCUUACAGUGAUGGAGACUGGAAAAUCUGGUGUGACUGCAUACAUGCUGUACGUGUUAUUUUUUAAAUAAACACUUUGUUACUUCC